AUGAGCGGUAGUAAAAGCGCAGUCGGCGGACAGCUGGCCAGCGGCGAUGACGCCAGCAGCUCGUCCACGGGGUCUAUCGCCGGGUCAGCACCGAGCGAACUUCUUAGUAGUGAUUCCGACAUCAUUGAUGUGUCAUAUCCCGUUUUCGCGUCCGUGUGGGACUCCAACAGCUCUCUGGUGAUAGGUGGAGGUGGUGGUGAGGGCCGAAAUGGCGUGAAAAACAAGAUUACGGUGAUUAAAGUGAGACCCGAGAACAAAGGUUUGGCGGUCAGAAAUGAGAUUGUGCUUGCUGGUGACGAGGACAAUCCGACCAGUUUGGACGUUGGCGGCCAUGGUCGAAUCUAUGCUGGUGUCAAUCGGAGUACUAAAGCUAUACAGGAAGGCAGAAACACUCACUUGAGAGUGUUUGAUUACAAAAAUACUAGUAUAAGAGAUGGCUCUGGCGUCACUGGUGGUACUAGUGAGGAGUUGGCAGCAGUCAAAGUAUUUUCUGCUAACGAUUCUAAUGAGUACCAGAAAUGUACUAGAGUGUCGAAUUCAGGUGAGCUAUUAGCGUUGAGCUCUAGUUCAAGUCCUGGAUCCCUAUAUGUGAUUGAGACCAAGGUUCUGUUAGACCGGUCUGGUUCGGAUGUGACGGAGACGUCAGAUACUCUUUAUACGAAGACGGCCGGUUCAGGACCUAUAAAUGACAUUGACUUUUCACCGGGUUCCGACAAGUUGGCAUAUAUCAGUGACUCAAAACUUUACGUAAUUAAUGCACAGACUGGUGAGGAGAAUAUAGUGGUUGAUAUGCCUCGAAAAGAUGCCAAGUUCGCUAAAUUGCGGUACAUUUCAGAAAACACAGUCAUCAUAGCAGCCAACUUGAAUCAGCGAAAAGGAGUUGUUUUAUACAAAUUCAACCCCAAUACAGGCGGUAGAAUCGCAUCACGAGCCCUCUCAUCCAAGAUUCGUGCCAUUUCGACCAUGGAUGCUGGAUCAAAGUAUACAGUAGUCGGCACGUCUGACUGUAGUAUAGCCAUUGUUUCGAGCACCAGCUUGAACUCGCUGAAAAAAUUGGACCGAGUCCACGAGAUCGCUAUUACCAGUGUGGCUCUUAACAGGAGUCAAACCCGUAUUGCCAGUACUUCAGUGUCAGGUACAGUUCGGGUACUGGAGCUGCCACUUGACGGCAUUUUCAAUGGCGGCAUUAAAAGCAUUAUAUAUGCUCUUUGGAGUGUUAUUCUGAUUGCACUUCUAGCAGUUGUUCUUCAAGUUCUCAUGAAGCGACAGUUUUUUGACGCCCUUAUAUCGUCCGAGGACACUGGUGCCGUUACUAUAACCUCCGAUACACUUUCCGGAGAGGUUAUUGACGCUACUUCUACACCUUUUGUGACGAGCGAAGAGCCGGUAUCAACAGUUGAAAGCAUUGAAGCCGAGAUACCUACACCCGAAACGGAAGAGCCAGAAUACCAGUUUGUCGACGAGAAUGAGCCACCAGUUCUAACUCCCAAGGAGGAUACUGAAACUACUAGCUUCGACAUCGAGGAACCAGAACUGCCUGCUGAUGCUACCAACAACCAAGACGAACAGCCACCAGUACUAACUCCAGAGCAGGGCACCGAAACCGCUAUCUCUAACACCGACGAGCCAGAGGUGUCGGCUGAUGCUACCGAUAUCCAAGAAAACGAGCCGAAUGAGACCGACACCCCUCACCUCGAAACUGAUCCCGAUACAGUUGUCGUAGAUGCUGAAGCUUCUAUCCCCGAAACCGACGUCGAAACACCAGAAACUCCCUUCGCACCAGUUCCUGAGAGCACACCCGAGGCAGUCUCGGACUACGAAACUCACGAAACACACGAAACACCUGCCGACCCAGAGCCAGUCGCCGAGCCGCUCUCCGAACACGGCGAUGACCUGUAG